AUGACUGGCAAUCCGGUCGAGUGCGAUUGUAAAUUUGCUUGGAUUUACAGUGAUAACUAUCGUUCGCUGUUCAAUGGUUUGAGCGAUGAAGAAGAUUCGCCCGCUGCUCUAUAUAUCUUUCCUCCGGACAACGAAAAUGGUGCAAUCAGUGGAGAAGAUGAGGGUGAUGAUGACGACGUAGGUAAGCCAGAGGAUAUAUGUGUUGGUCAAUUGAAGGCACCUUGUGGGUUAGUGAUGAGCAGUGGUAAUAGGGUUUUAACGAUUGAUAAUGAUGAUGAGGAGGAUGACUUGGAAGUUGCUGAUUCUGUGUUGAUCGACAUAUUAGAAAACUCUACUCAGAACUUGCAAACUAAUUUGUUAGAGAAACAGGGCGAAAUGUCAAUAGAACCGCCACUGUUACGUACGGGAUCACAUUUUGCGUGGGUAGAAGAUAACUCGGACGGAUUGAUCCCCAUUUUCCCUUCACGAAAUUUUGUAGACUGUAAGGUGAAGCCUCAUGAGCAACUUGAAAAGUUUUUUGACGAUGAACUCAUAGAGCACAUUAUAAACGAAUCGCGAAGAUUUGCAAUUUUUCUUGGUAAACCAAAUCCUCAAAUUACCAGUGCGGAGCUUAAAGUUUUCAUAGCCAUCUUGUUGGUCAGUGGAUACAAUGGUCGAAAUCUAUUUGCAAAUCAGCAUCAACUUUUAAUACUGGAUUUGAGUCACAAUUUAUUGACAUGCCUAACGCCUAACCUUUUCGAUCACACUCCUUGGCUAUGGCAAUUGAAACUUGGUGGCAAUCUCCUGCACGACACUACAAAUCUUAUGGAAAAUCUGAAACCGCUGGAUUAUCUGCAUAAGCUAGACUUAAGUCAGAACCAACUGCAAACUAUUUGGUGCAACGAGACUUCCGUCAAUGCAACGCCAAAGUCACUGAAAAUAUUUCGAUACAGCAAUAUGGGCAUGAAUUUGACUUUAGCGGACGGUCUUAAUUAUAUCACAAGGUUCCAACCAGAAAUUCACGAAGGUGGCAAGCUUAACUUAACAGUAAUCAAUUUAAGUGGCAAUCGUUUGCGUGAAUUCUCUUUGGAUUGGCUUGUAGCAGCGGACAUUACAUGUCCUUUUGAAAUAAACUUAGAGCACAAUUUGAUUGAAAACGUGUUUGCUUCAAAAAAUGUCUUUAAUACAACAGACGAUUGUCACCGCGAAAUCAAAAUGACUGGUAAUCCGGUCGAAUGCGAUUGUAAAUUUGCUUGGAUUUACAGCGAAAACUAUCGUUCGCUGUUCAAUGGUUUGAGGUGCGUUCAGACGUCAAAAGAUCUCGCGCAGCUGGAACGUAAUGAAAUGUGUCCUUGGAAACCGGUAAUGUGCCCUAGCACAUGCAAUUGUUACACACAAUCUGAAUUCCUGCACAUCAAAUGCAAGGGUACGCAGCAUAUCGAGCAGCUCCCACGACCCGAGCAAGUUGGGCUCAAGAGUUCGGUACUUGAUAUUAGCGAUAAUAAUUUCAUUGUAUUGCCGCUAAACACCACCUUCGGCUAUGGUAACGUUUCGCAACUCAACGCGUCGUACAAUAAAAUCACGAACAUAAAUCUCACUCAACUGCCGCCCAAUUUGACAGUUUUGGAUCUACGAAAUAAUCGCUUAAAAUCUUUAGAUGAUGAAUUUUUGCGUACAUACCUCAAUGACAGCACAAAACUAGAAUUUCUCUAUCUCAGUGAAAAUCCUUGGUUUUGCGACUGUAGCGCGCAGCAAUUGCUGUACACCAUUCGUACACAUCGGGCACGCAUACCCGAUGCCGACCAGUUACUUUGUGUUAAUCAGCAGAACGUUACACUCCUAACAGCAAAUCUGAGAGAAUUGUGUUCUUCUCCUGUUAAUGCUGCAUAUUAUCAGCUCGUAAAUGUUAUUGUGAUUUCUGUAGCGUCAGCCAUUAUUAUCUUACUUUGCAUUAUCGCACUAUUCUAUAAAUAUAAAUUAGAAGUUAAAGUCUGGUUAUAUGGCCACAACAUAUUAAGAUUCUGGAUUAACGAAUGUCAGCUGGAUAAGCAUAAAAAAUUUGAUGCCUUUAUUUCAUAUGCACACCAGGAUGCAGACUUCGUCAACCAUACAUUACUGCCGCAACUCGAACAGUCCGAACCACCAUUUCGUGUAUGCACACACGAGCGCAAUUGGCUGGCUGGCGCUUAUAUACCUGAACAAAUCAUCGAAUCGGUGGAACAGUCACGUCGGACGAUCAUUGUGCUCUCGCAGCACUUCAUCGAGUCGGAUUGGGCGCGCAUGGAGUUUCGCACAGCGCAUCAGUGCUCAUUGAACGAGGGUCGUGCGCGCAUAAUAAUGAUUAAAUAUGGUGAAAUCUCGGACAGUGAGUUAUUGGACAGAGAACUAAAAGCAUAUUUAAAUAUGAAUACAUAUCUGGAUUGGCAAGAUGUCAGAUUUUGGGACAAAUUACGCUACGCCAUGCCCCAUAAAUUGGGUGGAGAGAAGAAUUCCGAUAUGCUUGAAGUUAAUGGUAGAAUGUAUGUUAUGGGACAAGUUGAGAUGAAUCGUUUGCGUGACGAGAGUGUAUAA